UGUACACGAUACUUCUUUAGGAAAAUAAUGAGUAAAACAGAUACGAUAACAGUUCUGAGAACCAAACAAGGAACAGAAGAAAAAACCACGGAAGGAAUAAAGAGGACUGUUGAAGAGUUUUAUGAAGAUUUGUACAACGAAAGGGAGAUAGAGAUGAAAAUGUUUAAUGAAAUUUUAAAAGACAUGACAGAGUUUAGAGAAGGAAAAGAAGAAAUAAAGAAUUUGAUCAAUUGGACCAGCUACCUGAGAGUUUUAGGUGUGGAAUCGUGUCCCUAAUUUAUAAAGGAAACAACAAAAUGGACUUGAGGAACUGGAGACCGAUUACACUUUUAAACAGACUGCAAACUUUUUAGUAGACUUUUAGCAACGAGACUAAAACCGUUUUUGGGACAAAUUAUACAUUCAGACCAGACGUGUGCAGUUAAAGGGAGAAAGAUCACAGAUGGUCUAAUCCUUAUACGGGACAAUAUUGCAAUGGCUAAAGAAAAGAACACCAAGUUAAUAAUAGCCAACCUAGACUUCGAAAAAGCCUUUGAUAGAGUUUCGCAUGUGUUUUUGUUUGAGUUACUGGAGAAAAUAGGUCUACCUGAAAGAUUCAAACUGGAUAAAGUUAAUAUAUAAUAAUGUUUACAGUAAAUGUCUGCUAAAUGGACAUCUAACAAAAAAAAUACCGAUCAGGUCAGGUGUGAGACAAGGUUGCCCGCUGUCAGCGAUUUUGUACGUAAUAUACAUUGAGCCAUUAGCACAAAUGAUAAGAAACGAUAAAUGGAUUACAGGACAAAGGAUACCAGGCAGUGGAGGUCAAGACCUAAAAUGUGUUUUAUAUAUGGACGAUAUUAAUAUCGUGUGUACUGACAUGGCAUCUAUAAACAGAGCUUUUAUACUAACUGAGCAGUAUGGGAAAGCAUCUGGGGCCAAACUAAAUGAGAACAAAACACAACUACAGCUGUAUGGACCAUGGACAGCAAGUGAAAGAACACAGGCAAAAGUAAACUCAAAUGAACAAAAGAUACUAGGGAUUAAAUUUGAUAAAGAAGGUAAAGGUGAGGAAAAUUGGACAGAAAUAUCUGCAAAAGUGAGACAGAGAACAGGCCUGUGGAAACAAAGAGACCUAACCCUGAAUGGAAAAGUGCUGAUAAUAAAAGCUGUGAUAAUCCCUUUGUUUUUAUUGGCAUCAAGUGUGUUUUUACCAUCUAGGAAAAUGAUAAGAAGUCUUGAGAGGACAAUCUUCCAGUUUUUAUGGGGAUCCAAGUGGGAGAGACUAAAGAGAGAAGAAAUGAAGAAACCCAAAGGAAAAGGAGGCAUGGGGGUUCCAGACCUAUAUUUGUGUCUGGGUGCACAUUACACCUGCACACACAUGCGAGUAGUAAUGACUGAACAGGCCGGUGUAAAGACACGUGCAAUGUCUUACUAUUGUAUGGGUUCAUACCUCCGUAAACUAAAACUGAUGCCAAGUAAUUUGAGAGUACCUGUAGCCUUUCAGUUGCCACCUGCUUACGAGGUCAUCAAGACAUUUUUAACACAUUUUAAUCUGGAAAAUGAAAGUAAGGACACUCUUUUAAACCAGCGUUUUUUAACUUCUGUUGUACAGGCUCGAAGUGACCCGAUUCCUGUUGCGGGACUUGCAGGUGGGGAGGCGGAGGCGGUGUGGAAAGGCCGCCCUGGUCUCCCAAACAGACUGUUGGACCUGUCAUGGCAAGUGGCACAUGGGAUCCUCCCCGUCAGGGAUGUUAUGCACUCCAGAGGAAUGGCAGCCAAAGCGGCAUGCCCCCGAUCCGGCUGUGGCGCACCGGAGACGGUACGGCACCUCCUCUGGGAGUGCAGUGCUGCUAUCGACCUGUGGACAACAGCCGGCUCCCAGGACUUCCCGUACUUGCCAGCAAGGGAGGUCCUGACAGCACACCUAGUGCUCUAUGGGGUGAGCCAGAGUACGGCAAAACCAGAAAAACUCGGUGACGAGGAAAGGCUCACCCUAGCCGCCAUCAAAGACGCCAUUUGGACCUCCAGAAACUUGCUGGUGAGAAAUCACAUGCAGAUCCCCCCCGUGGCUGUGAUCCGGAUGGCUGCAGCCCUGAGGACAUCGUCAGGGUUGCGGGCGGCGAGCCAAGGACACAGCCACAAAGAAGAAUCGCCUCUGUGACAUUCGGAUGGUGGAGCCGGAGUCCACGAGAAAAGGUUGAAGCAGCAACACCCUGACACUCCAGCGCAUAGAUGGAGGAUCCCAAACCACACCCCAGUUGUGGGGUCAGAGGAAAAAGGGUCUUUGGUUUGUGGAGGAGGAUCUGGGUACAUUUUGAUGCUGGCAUGACUGCCAUCCGCCCCCCAGUCUGGGGACCUCCAGGUUGAGGGUCAUGGAGAACUGCAACUUAAAAGGAUCACAGCCUUCAGACAAAUGACAGAGAUCAUCUAGUUGAAUAGCUCCUUUUAUUGUAAAAAAAAUUUAAAGGCAUUGUAAAUUGAUAAUUGUCAAUAAAAAUUUUGAAAAAAAAAAUCUGUUCUUAUCAGUUUAAUAUCUGAUACGUCCCCUAUCCGGGGACCAUAUGUUAAAUUGAUUUUUGGAACAGGGAGAUGGAAUAGGGGCUUGCUCCGUCCACUCCACGCAUCGACCUGGUAUUGCAGUAUCUCCGGGAACGGUGCACCUCCCCUAAUGGUGUGAAAAUCAAGUAUUAUAUCUUGCCCGAAGUUGUGCAAAGUUCGUCAAUAACCUGUGUGAAUAUAGGUCUAUGAUAUGAUGUUCUGAAGUUUAGUG